AAUCUGAGGAACAGCAAGGACAUUCCUGCCGCUGAGAAAACAUAAAGGGCGGGCAUUACAGUCAUUCUACCAUUGCCGCUCUCUCUCUCUCUCUCUCUCUCUCUCUCUCUCUCUCUCCACGUAAAACAGCAGUAGAGAGUAAGAAGAAUCCUUUUCCAACACAUUCACCUCUGCCUCACCGCUUUUGAGUCUCUUUACAUCUUUGUAUUUGAAACAGCACAAUAUCAGGAAUGAUAUCCCAUGCUUCACUCUUGUGAUCUCCGAACCUCCCACGUAAGUGGUCGUUUGUUUUGUUCCUUUUAACAAACUCCAAACGUUGGCCACAUAGAUUCCAUCUCCCACAUUUUCUCACCUCUCUUUCUAGCAUAAUAGCCGAUAACGAGGAUAUGCGUUUUCCUCUGACAUGGAUGUGAAGAAACUGCCUUUUCCGGAGCAGCUUCUGUGGCGAAGAAGAAAGGUAGUUUCUGGGUUUGGUUUGGGGGUUGGAGUUUCUCUCGUUGUUCUUGUUGCACUCUUCCUGAACAAGUCGUUGAAGAUUCCCCCCGCAGUGCCUUUGUCGCAAGGGUUAGAUAGUGUCGGUGAUAAUUCAUCGUUUGCGGAAAGGCCAUUGCCAUAUUCAAAUACUGCUGACUCUUCUUCUUCUUCUAAUUCUUCUUUUGAUAGUAGUACCAAUGCUACUUCAGAGUUGCAGAACAAUGUGGAUUUGAUGCGAGGGAGUGAAAAGGGAAUUGCGUCUUACAAAAACCAUGAAGCGAAUGUUUCAGGAAUCACUGAAAGUGAAGAUCUCAAGGAGGCCAAUGGGGAAGGGAAGGGCUCGGAGGAGACCCAUUUGGGGAAUUACACUGAGAGUGUAAAAAAUGGAGGCUUUUCUGCUGAAGAAGCAAAUGGGCCAGUAGUUGCUAAGACGGGCGAUUCUCUGGGUUCUGAUGGAGGAGUGGUUUUAGAGAAGACCGAUUCUGAAAAUUUCUCCGAGACCCUGAAAAAUGGAAGCGUGAUUGGUCAAGAAAGAAAUGUUAUUCGGAAUUUCAGCCUUUCCGGCAAAGAUGUGGAUUCAGAGGAAGGGAAAUCUACAAGGGAUUCAAGUAUUUGCAAUAAUGGCACAGAAAGUAACAACGUGGGCAAUUUUUCAUAUAAUGAAGGGCUCGAUAAAGCUUCUAGUAGAGAACAAAAGGCUUCCGAGGCAAAUCAUCAAGGGAAUUUGGAUGAGCAAAACAAAAUCAUAAUUUCAAAUUAUGGUUCUCAUGAGGCAUGUGACAUCUUUGACGGUAGAUGGGUCAGAGAUGAUUCAAAGCCUUACUAUCCUGCUGGUUCUUGCCCUUACAUUGAUAAGGAUUUUGAUUGUCACCUUCAUGGGAGGUCAGAUGAUGGAUAUUUGAAAUGGAGAUGGCAGCCAAAUGGGUGCGACAUCCCAAGUUUUAAUGCAACUGAUUUUCUGGAGAGGUUGAGUGGAAAGAGGCUGGUUUUUGUGGGAGAUUCACUGAAUAGGAACCAGUGGGAAUCUAUGGUGUGUAUACUCCGCCAUAGUGUCAGAAACAAGGCUAGAGUUCAUGAGAUAUCAGGAAAGAGGGAAUUCAAGAAGAAGGGUUUUUAUGCUUUCAGAUUUGAGGACUAUAAUUGUUCCGUGGAUUUUGUUAGUUCUCCAUUCCUUGUUAGAGAAUCAUCUUUCAAAGGUAGAAAUGGGUCGAUGGAGACAUUAAGAUUGGAUUUGAUGGACCGGACAACUUCUAUGUAUCAUGAUGCCGAUGUCAUAGUCUUCAAUACAGGUCAUUGGUGGACCCACGAGAAGACAUCAAGAGGAGAAGACUAUUACCAAGAAGGCAACCAUGUGCACCCAAGACUAAAAGUUCUGGAAGCAUACAAGAGGGCUCUCACCACUUGGGCCAGAUGGAUUGACAAGAGCAUUGAUGUCAACCGAACUCAGGUUUUCUUCAGAGGAUAUUCAGUUACCCAUUUCAGAGGAGGCCAAUGGAACUCGGGAGGACAGUGCCACAAAGAAGCUGAACCAAUCUUUAAUGAAACUUACUUAGCAAAGUACCCUUCAAAAAUGAGAGCUCUAGAACAUGUGCUUUGGGAAAUGAGAUCUCCUGUGGUUUAUUUAAACAUAAGUAGGCUCACAGAUUACAGAAAAGAUGGACAUCCUUCUGUAUACAGAAUGCAAUACAAGACAGUGGAGGAACAGAUUGCCGCCGAGCGAUCUCAAGAUUGCAGCCAUUGGUGCUUACCAGGAGUACCAGAUACUUGGAAUGAAUUGCUAUAUGCUUCUCUGUUACAGAUUGGAAAGGGAUCUUGGAAAACCUGAAGAGAGUUGUAAACAAGCUGCCUGUUACAUGUUAAUUUGUUCUUUAGAUAUAUCCUUUCCUUUUUUCUUCUUUUUGCUCGUUAGAUAUAUCCUGCCUGAGCUCAUAUAUUUUGUGAGUUCCCAAUUAGGCUAAGUAUUGUAUGUUGACCCAGAUUGCAAAAUUUGGGGGUCUAUGUUUAGUCUUUGAAAAGUGGGAAGAUUAGGUCACAGCUCACAAGUCGAUAUGUAUAUUUUACGUUUCAAUGCAUCCGAAACAAGAUGAUUCUUUUCAUUUACUUUUCAUUUCAAUUGGAUUUUACAGAUUGAAUUCAUAUUGCAGUUAAAGA